AUGCUUGCCGCCGUUUCGACUAUCUUGUUGGCGUCCCUGCUAGUUGGAAUUGUGUUGCGACGCAUUUCAAUUGCCUACAAGCAUGGCCUUCGAAGCAUUCCUGGACCAAGACUUGCCCGUUUCACCGAUGCGUGGAGAGUACACUUCGUGUCCCGCGGCCGAGCCCACGAAGACUACCUUGCACUACACGACAAGUACGGUCCCAUCGUCCGAACAGCACCAUCCGCGAUGGACAUAUCAGAUCCCGCUGCAAUCCCCAUCCUCUACGGUGCCAGUAGCCCCUUCCUGAAGUCCGAAUUCUACUCCCUCUUCACCAUGCUCUACGAGGGCAAAACUAUAGACUCCCUCUUCUCCACCCGCGACCCAAUCCGCCACCGCAACCUCAAACGCCCCAUCGCUCAGAAAUUCUCUAUGAGCAGCGUCCGCACCCUCGAGCCCCUCGUCGACAGCUGCACCCGAGUCUUCCUCGACAGUAUGCACGAUCUUUCUGGGGAAGCGCUUGACUUGGACGUCUGGCUGCAAUGGUACGCGUUUGAUGCUAUUUACGCUAUGACGUUCAGCACGUCGCCGGGGUUUGUGAAGGGUAGGAGGGAUGUGAGCGGGAUCAUUGGUGGGAUGGAUUGGAUUCUGAGGUAUGCGGCUGUUGUUGGGCAGAUUCCUUGGUUGCAUGGUUGGGUUGAUCCUGUGCUUAAGUUUGCGAUGAGGGUGGGGGUGUUUGAUCUUGGGCCGCUGAUGAUUGUUACGGAAAUGGUGGAGAAGGCUGUCAGGGAGUAUGAUGCUGCUCUUUCAGAGGAAGUGGCGGGAAGGCAGGACUUCCUGGCAUACCUGAGACAGCAGAGUAAGUCCACCGGGGAGAUGCUUGGGAAGAGCGAAUUGCAGAAUCAUCUGAUGAAUAACCUGUUGGCGGGGAGUGAUACUACUGCUAUGGCGCUGAGGGCGGUAUUUUACUUUGUUGUUAAGGAUGGGAGGGUGUAUGAGUGCUUGCAACGGGAGAUUGAUAAGGCGGAUGCGGAGGGGAGGCUGGGCGAGUUCGUGAGUUAUAGUGAGUGCUUGGAGAUGAAGUAUUUGCAAGCAUGCAUCAAAGAAGCACUCCGCAUGCAUCCCGGGGUAGCCUUUCCCCUGGAACGAGUCGUGCCGCCAGACUGUACGAGCAUUCCAGUCUGUGGGAAGGAAUACUACGUUCCCCCUGGUACCGUCAUUGGUAUCAAUCCGGCAGUGGUGCAGCGAGACCGAGAUGUGUUUGGAGCGGACGCAGACGACUUCCGGCCUGAACGAUGGUUCGUUGAUGUAUCAGACGCUGGGGAUGAGGCGAGGGUCAGAAGGAUGGAGAGAACGAUACUUGCGUUCGGAGCAGGACACCGCCUCUGCACGGGAAAACACAUCUCCCUCAUGGAGAUGGGAAAGUUUGUACCACAGAUUCUGAGGAACUUUCGAGUCGAAUUCGCGGACGAAAGCAAUCGGGAGUGGUCUGUGAAGACGUACUGGUUUGCUAAGCAGAGUGGGAUGAGGAUGAAGAUGACUCCUCGGGGUAAGGCGGAGAGGAAAAGCGGUGACUGA